ACCCAUUACCAUGUAGAUUUUUGUCCAGUGGUGAUGUGCAUGAUUUCUGACAACAUACAGGUUUAUUGCCCUGUGGGGCAUUAACCACCUUCGUAUGCAAUCAGCCUUCCUUUUGCAACUGUAUGCACUCAGUCUUAGGGCUUCUAUUAUUGACUAGUUUACCUUCCUCUAAGUCCCUCAUCGAUGAGUUAAUCUCUGAUACAUCACACUUCGUGGUUGUGUGAGAGUCAUGUUUUAACCCCUAACUUCGAAAGCAUAGUCUGACAUUCCCCCAAGUCAUACUCAUCACUAAAAUAAGUAACAUUACGAAACGGGGUCCAGCGGCAUCUGGGGGCAAAGCGUCUGCAACGCCGGGUCUCCUUGCGCUGCAACGUCCCGGUCGGGCACGUAAGGGCUACGGACCUGUUAACUGGAGACCUCAACAAAAGAAACAAGCCUGAGCCACAGAGCGGCCGGGCUCGGCCCCUCGAUCUGGCGGGAGGGUAACGGGCUGACCGCCAGCGCAGCGGCUACGCAGCCCUUUCCCUGACAGGCCGGCGCGCGCGCACUUCCAGAGGCAGGGCCGCCUCCCGGCGUGCCGGCGCGCUCUCCGCAAAGCGGCGCCGGGCGAUCAGCGAUCUGAUUGGCUCGCGCGGCAAGGCGCGCAGCGCCAAACUCGCUUCCCGUCAGUCCCCGCCCGUCCGUCCAGCGGCCGCGCGCACGCCGGCGCGCCCGCAGCCCGCGCCUGUCCGUCGCCGCCAUUCGGAGGCCGCUGCGCCGCAGGCCUUCACGGAGCUCCCGGGACCGCGAGCCGGCCGCCCGCCGUCCUUCGCCCACCCGGACGCCGCCCGUGGCCCACCGAGCUGGAGACAGUGUCCUGCUGAAAUACUCCAAAGAUGGAAUACAGUUCUCUGUAGUUCAUAUUCUGCUAUUGAUACUUGGAAUCGAAAUGUUUGGUUGAACUUCUCAUCUUGGUCCUUCGUGUGCUACAGGCUGUUUUCUGUGGUUCAGUCAAAAAGCCACGUAGGCUAGCCUGCCCCUUGAAGACCACUGUUAAGAGAGCUGCACUGUUCAGUUUUUAAAGAAUAUAAUAGUGUAUGUUAUAACAAAGAAAAAUGGAAGUAUUCCAGGAACUUCAUAAACUGUCGGCACGUUUGGAGUGUGACCACUGCAGUUUCAGAGGCACGGAUUAUGAAAAUGUACAAAUCCAUAUGGGCACCAUCCAUCCAGAAUUUUGUGAUGAAAUGGAUGCUGGUGGGUUAGGUAAAAUGAUAUUUUACCAGAAAAGUGCCAAACUAUUUCACUGCCAUAAAUGCUUCUUCACCAGCAAGAUGUACUCUAAUGUGUACUAUCACAUCACGUCCAAACAUGCAGCCCCGGAGAAAUGGAAUGAGAAACCAAAAAAUCAGUUAAAUCAAGAAACUGAUCCUGUGAAAAGCCCCCCCCUUCCUGAGCACCUGAAAAUGCCCUCUAAUUCAGCAGAACUCCUGAAACCUAUGCCUGCCCUUUCCAUAGAAACACAGAAACUUGGCCCAGUUUUGACUCCAGAAUCACCCAAACCUACUCCUCUUACUUCCCUGGAGCCUCAGAAGCCUGGCCCAGUUGUUUCUCCUGAGCCACAGACAGCUUCUCUUCCUUCUGAGCCUACAAAACCUGCCCCUAUUUCUUCUGAACUUUCAAAACAAGUACCUGUUGUUUCUGAAUCUCAGAAGCCAGUCCCUACUCUUUCUCCAGAACCACAGAAACUUGCUCCUGUAUCUCCUGAGCAAGUAAAGGCUACUCUUAAUAAUCCCAAACCCCAGAAGCACUCCCAUUUCCCAGAAAUAUUGGGGCCACCUUCAGCCUCAUCUCCAGAGCCACCAGUUCUAGCUGCUUCCCCUGAACCUUGGGGGCCAUCCCCAGAUGCAUCUCCAGAGUCUCGGAAGCCAGCCCGGACUGUCUCCCCUGAGCCAAGAAAACCAUCCCCAUCAGGGUCUCCUGAACCGUGGAAGCCAUUCCCUGCUGUUUCCCCAGAGCCUAGGAGACCAGCUCCAGCUGUGUCACCAGGUUCUUGGAAGCCAGGGCCACCUGGGUCCCCCAGGUCUUGGAAAUCUAGUUCUUCAGCAUCGUCAGGACCUUGGAAGCCAGCUAAACCUGCUCCAUCUGUGUCUCCUGGACCUUGGAAGCCAAUUCCUUCUCUCUCAUCUGGACCUUGGAAACCCACUCCAUCUGUGUCCCCUGCAUCCUGGAAGUCUUCAUCAGUCUCAUCUGGUUCCCGGAAAACUCCCCCUACGUCUCUUGAGUCACGGAAGUCUAGCCCACCAGAACUCCGAAAGACAGCUCCCACCUUGUCACCUGAACAUUGGAAGACAGUUCCCGCCGUAUCUCCUGAGCUCCGUAAAGCAGGGCCUCCCUUGUCUCCUGAGCUUCGCAAACCAGGCCCACCAUUGUCCCCAGAGAUCCGUAGUCCAGCAGGAUCUCCAGAGCUCAGAAAACCAUCAGGGUCUCCAGAGCUUUGGAAGCCUUCUGAUCAGCGGAAAACUUCUGCUUCUCUUGAUUUCCCUGAGUCCCAGAAAAGUUCCCGUGGUGGUUCCCCUGAUCUCUGGAAGUCUUCCUUUUUUAUUGAACCUCAGAAACCUGUCUUCCCUGAGACCCGGAAACCCAGCCCUUGUGGGCCAGCUGAGUCCCCUAAAGUGGCCUCUGAUAUCUGGAAACCUGUUCUCUCUAUCGACACUGAGCCUAAAAAACCUGCCCUGUAUUCUGAGUCUACCAAAACAGCCUCUCCUGCUUCUCCUGAGCCAAGAAAACGCUCUCUUUUUCCAGAGCCUCAGAAACAUGCCCUUUUCCCUGAACUUCCCAAAUCUGCUAUCUUCUCAGAAUCUCAGAAGACAAUUGAGCUUGGUGAUGAACUACAAACAGAUGCCAUUGAUGAUCAAAAGUGUGAUAUUUUGGUUCAGGAAGAACUAUUAGCUACACCUAAGAAACUCUUAGAAGACACUUUAUUUCCUUCCUCAAAGAAACUCAAGAAAGACAACCAAGAGAACUCAGAUGCUGAGCUUAGUAGUAGUGAGUAUAUAAAAACAGAUUUGGAUGCAAUAGAUAUUAAGGGCCAAGAAUCAAGCAGUGAUCAAGAGCAGGUUGAUGUGGAAUCUAUUGACUUUAGUAAAGAGAACAAAAUGGAUGAGAACAAAAUGGACGUGACUAGUCCUGAGCAGUCCAAAAAUGUACUACAGUUUACGGAAGAAAAAGAGGCUUUCAUCUCCGAAGAAGAGAUAGCAAAAUAUAUGAAGCGUGGAAAAGGAAAGUAUUAUUGCAAAAUUUGUUGCUGCCGUGCUAUGAAAAAAGGUGCCGUUUUGCAUCAUUUGGUUAAUAAGCAUAAUGUCCAUAGCCCUUACAAAUGUACAAUUUGUGGAAAGGCUUUUCUUUUGGAAUCUCUCCUUAAAAAUCAUGUAGCAGCCCAUGGACAAAGUUUACUGAAAUGUCCACGUUGUAAUUUUGAAUCAAAUUUCCCAAGAGGCUUUAAGAAACAUUUAACUCAUUGUCAAAGCCGGCAUAAUGAAGAAGCAAAUAAAAAGCUAGUGGAAGGUCUUGAAACGCCCCUGGAGGAGCAGCAAAUCUGAUUUUUAAAUGGUGUGGCUAUAUGCUCUACUAAGUUGUUUGUUGAAAGUAUAGAUAAAUAGCCUGGUUGGAUCAGUAGAUGUUGAUGUAUAUGUGGACCAUGUUUAAUUGUCUCAGUGUUACAAAGAGUAAGCAUUUGGUUUUUUUCAUGAUCUCUGUUUAUGUGGCUAUCUUGUAAGUCAGUAAAUUCAUAGCUUUAUUCCUGGCAGGUAAAAUUUCUCUAAUUUUUAGGUGUAUUUGAAUAAUAUAAAGAGGUUGGCAUUCCAUCUAACAAGAGUGAGUUGUACUCAAUUUAAAACAUCUGGGUAAAGUGUAUGUUUUAUGAAACUAAUUCAGACAAUGGAAAUUAUUGGCGUAUUUAAGAAUUAGGCAUGAAAAUUUUGAAAAAUUGUUUUUUUUAAUGUAUUUUCAGAUCAUGAAAGUUAUUUCGAAGUUUCUGUUUGAUCAUAUAAAAUUAGUUUUUUUAUAAAUCUUGAGCAGGUUCUAAAUGUUUAUAUUAGCUUUUAUGUCAUGGAAGAUUGGAGUCUCAGGGUUGCUGAUUUUGUGCUAAAGGAGGAAAUUGAGUAAGUUUAAUAGUGUGCAGCCUUCUCCUACGGGAAAUUGGGAAAGAUGAGUGUGAUUUUAGGUCUUACCCUUAGUUGUUCCUUUGGAGUCUUCCGUUCUGUACUUUAACCCAAGAUCUGGCCCUUGACUUCCCUGUGAGCUCACACCAGUAGAUGAUCCUUAAUUGCCAAAUGUGUAAGUUAUAUGUCCUACUCCUGGGCCUUAUAUACCAUCUGUUGUGACUUCAGACCAGGGUAAUGAUUAGGAACUGAAAGUCUUCCAGAUUCACAAUAGAAAAUUUUAUAAACAGACAUUUGUUUGAGGAAACGUCGACUUCAUGUUUUUCUCAGUUACUGUAAAUACCUUGUGCCUGUUCAUGGGUAUUUUAUUCUAAAGUAUUUUGUCAAAUGUGUAUCAACCAAAUUAAAGACAAAGGUUUUCAUGUUA